GAUGUAGCUUUAUAAAAGGCAUCCUUUGGCCAUGUUGCUUUGUGCCACUCACCAUAUUCCAUAAGCAGCUAGCUACUAGCAUCUUCUUCCAUCACCACAUUCAUCUUAAUUAAUAUUCUCUAGUGGUGCUUCCCAAUCAAUAUCCUUUAAUUUUGUCUCAAUUCCUUUCUUUCUCAUUCACCAAUCCAUACUUCAUUUUGUUAAUUUCUUAAUCCAACACCACCAAGAUGCCAACUGACACAUCAUCAGUUUCCGGCGGCGAAAUCGUGUGUGUGACCGGUGCCGGCGGUUUCAUAGCCUCUUGGCUUGUCAAACAUCUCUUAGAGAAAGGCUACACUGUGAGAGGAACCGUGAGAAACCCAGAUGAUCCGAAGAAUGGUCAUUUGAAAGAGUUGGAAGGAGGCAAGGAGAGGCUAACUCUGCAUAAAGUUGAUCUCUUCGAUAUUGACUCCAUUAAAGAAGCUCUUAACGGUUGCCACGGUGUCUUCCACACCGCUUCUCCAGUCACCGACAACCCUGAAGAGAUGGUAGAGCCAGCAGUGAAUGGAACGAAGAAUGUGAUCACAGCAGCAGCAGAAGCAAAAGUGCGACGGGUGGUGUUCACUUCGUCAAUUGGCACAGUCUACAUGGACCCCAAUACGAGUAGGGAUGCGUUGGUCGAUGAAUCAUUCUGGAGUGAUUUGGAGUACUGCAAGAACACCAAGAAUUGGUAUUGCUAUGGAAAGACGGUGGCAGAACAAACAGCAUGGGAUGUAGCAAAAGAGAGAGGGGUGGACUUGGUUGUGGUGAACCCAGUUUUGGUUAUUGGACCGUUGUUGCAACCAACCAUUAAUGCUAGUACAAUUCACAUCCUAAAGUACCUUACUGGCUCUGCCAAGACUUAUGUAAAUGCAACUCAGGCUUACAUACAUGUGAGGGAUGUGGCAUUAGCCCACAUUCUUGUUUAUGAGACACCUUCAGCUUCUGGUCGAUACAUAUGUGCUGAAAGUUCGCUGCAUCGUGGUGAGCUUGUUGAAAUUUUGGCCAAGUUUUUUCCCGAGUACCCAAUUCCUACCAAAUGUUCAGAUGAAAAGAAUCCGAGAGUAAAACCCUACAUAUUUUCAAAUCAAAAGCUGAAAGAUUUGGGAUUGGAAUUCACCCCUGUGAAGCAGUGUCUAUAUGACACCGUUAAAAAUCUUCAAGAGAACGGCCACCUUCCUGUCCCCCCAAAGCAAGAAGACUCCUAUUGAAGUUAGAUCCUACCUAGCUAGGUUGCUAUAAAUUAACAAGUUUAAUUCUGCUACAAACAAGUAGUUAUUAAAUCAAUUUAUACUUAAUCCCUACAAGUACGUAUUUUGAGUUUGUAAGAACUCACCUCGCAAAUUGUUGCUUUGUGUAAAAGUAUAACUGAUAAUAUUAAUGGAUUAUAUUUUGCCACCA